UAAUUUGGUACUUCGUGCUUAUAAUGCUAAACAAAGAUUGAGAAUAGCGUUUUGUUGGAACGUCUCUCUCUCUCUCUCUCUCUCAAGCAAGACUGUCGUUUUGGUUAUUUCUGGAACAAAAAAUGGGCGUGAUCUCUCCUAUUGAGACUCUGUUCUUCAAAUCUCAACAUCGUCUUCUUCAACCUCGAGAUUAUUCCUACCCAGUGGUUUUCCACAACACUCGAAGAAUUACAAAUUUCCCGCGCAACAGCUUAUCAUUUUCUUCUCUAGGAUCAUAUUCUGUAGAUUUUCCACUAAGAAGUGCCCCGAUCUCACAAAAUGGUAGGUCGAGUUAUCCUUGGCGGAGACAUGUCUCCGAAUCUGAUUCAAACGAGAUCUACACUAACAAGGUUUCUAUCAUGGAAGCAUUAAAGCAAGCCAACUCUUUUAUUCCUCAUGUGAUUCUCUCAAGUACAAUCUUAGCUCUUCUCCAUCCACCUUCUUUCACAUGGUUCAAGCCAAGGUUCAGACCAACGUACUUUGUGCCUGGAUUAGGGUUCAUGAUGUUUGCUGUUGGAAUCAACUCUAACGAACGAGACUUUCUUGAAGCACUUAAAAGACCAGACGCUAUUUUCGCCGGUUACAUCGGACAAUACUUGAUAAAACCACUCUUAGGUUACAUUUUCGGCGUAAUCGCUGUCUCUGUUUUCAAUCUACCUACUCCUAUAGGUGCUGGAAUCAUGUUGGUCUCAUGUGUUAGUGGAGCUCAGCUAUCGAAUUACACAACUUUCUUGACCGAUCCUUCACUCGCACCGCUUAGCAUCGUCAUGACAUCGAUCUCAACCGCUACCGCAGCCAUUGUUACACCUAUGCUUUCUCUCUUACUCAUUGGUAAAAAGCUUCCCGUUGAUGUGAUUGGUAUGAUCUCUAGCAUUCUCCAGGUCGUGGUUACACCUAUUGCCGCUGGACUACUUCUGAAUCGGUUAUUUCCAAGGUUGUCUAAUGCAAUCAAACCAUUUCUCCCGGCGUUAACGCUUAUUGAUAUGGCUUGUUGCAUCGGAGCACCUCUGGCUUUGAACAUAGAUUCAAUCUUGUCUCCGUUCGGUGCAACCAUUUUGUUCCUCGUCAUCACGUUUCAUCUCUUGGCUUUCAUUGCUGGUUACUAUUUCAGUGGUUUCUUCUUCAGCAAGGCACAUGAUGUAAAAGCCCUACAAAGAACAUUAUCAUAUGAAACAGGAAUGCAAAGUAGUCUUCUCGCUCUUGCCCUCGCGACAAAAUUCUUUCAAGAUCCUCUCGUUGGAGUGCCUCCAGCAAUCUCUACAGUGGUUAUGUCUCUGAUGGGUGUCUCGCUUGUUACAAUAUGGAAAAACAGAAAGGAGUAGUGACAUUUGUAUGUUGUUAAUGGUUGGAUUUUCUAAUUGUUUUUGUAAUGACCUAGUUGUGUUUUUUCCUUUUUAAUUGGUUCUGAUAGAACACCCGGUUAAGUAACCAAAACAGAGUCGAUAAACCAGAGAACAAUACGAUUGUUUAUACUCUUCGGUCUUCAUGUGUAAGACUUGUGAUAUGGUUGAGACUUUCAUGGAACCAAUGUAUCAAGCAUAUUGUGUUCAUGCGUAAAUGGAUAUUGAACUUGCGAUUACGUAAAGAAAAUAUAAUUACUUCUCGUUUCCCA